UUAUUUGCCAUGAAACCUCCACAGGAACAUUAUCCUUCUAAGGCUGAUAUGAGGUGUGCAACGUUUAUGUACGACAGGAUUGCAAGACGGCGUCUCGCACAGCCGUAGUGUUUUGGGGCUGUCAGUGUGAUGCGCUUUUUCCACGUUUAACGGGAAUUUUUAGAAAGGAGAAAAAAAUGGGAACAUGCACCGCGAUGGGAACGAUGAAAAUCACACCAGAACUACUGAAGCAGCUGCUUCAAGUUUACAACCUGACACGCCAAGACUUCAUUCACACUUACAACGUGCUGCCGCUCGUCUAUACUCCCGAGUUGCCGUCAAGCGCAAAAACGACAUUUGUCAUCAUGUAUGCCAUCAUUUUCGUCCUGGCACUGGUGGGAAACAGUCUGGUGGUUUACAUAGUUUCACGGAAGCGAGCAGUGCAGAGUGCUACCAACAUCUUCAUCUGCUCCCUGGCGGUGAGCGAUCUGCUCAUCACCUUCUUCUGCAUCCCUUUCACCUUGCUGCAGUACAUCUCUUCCGAGUGGCUUGGGGGGGUCCUGGUAUGUAAAUCUGUCCCCUUCGUCCAGACAGUGGCUAUAGUUACUGGUAUUCUUACCAUGACCAGUAUUGCCGUGGAGAGGUACCAGGGCAUCGUUCAUCCGCUGAAGAUGAAGAGGCAGUACACGCCGCAAAGAGCUUACAAAGUGCUAGGGCUAGUUUGGACGGCAGCUGUGAUUGUUGGAUCCCCAAUGCUGUUUGUGCAAAAACUGGAGGUGAAGUACGACUUCCUGUACGACCGUCACCAUGUCUGCUGCCAGGAAUGCUGGCACUCGCCCGCUCACCGCCGCGCGUACGCCACCUUCAUCCUGGUGGUGCUGUUCCUGCUGCCCCUAGCGACCAUGCUCAUCCUUUACACGAGGAUCGGGAUCGAGCUAUGGAUACACAAACAGGUCGGGGACUCCUCCGUGCUGAACGCCAUGAACCACAGCGAAGUCAACAAGAUUUCAAGGAAGAAGAAGCGGGCCGUUAAGAUGAUGGUCACCAUCGUCCUACUCUUCACCGUUUGCUGGGCCCCAUUCCAUACAGUGCACAUGCUGUUUGAGUACAACGACCUGGAGAAGCGCUACGAUGAAGUGACCCUGAACACGGUCAUCGCCAUCGUGCAGGCUGUGGGCUUUUUCAACUCGUUUAACAACCCCGUCGUGUACGCCUUCAUGAACGAGAACUUCAAGAAGCACUGCAAGUCUGCGCUCUCCUGCUGCCUGCCGCGGCCUGGUCCGCCCCUGCUCGCCGCCACGGGGGGGCCCAGACUCGGCGCACAUUUCGCCAGGUGGGACACCUCCCUCAGAGACCGACCCAAACUCAUCAGCGAGGGGAAUGUGGCCGAGUGUGUGGUGUUGCGCACGGCGCGCACAGAAACCUCGACUGCGUUCGUGGAGGAGAAGGUGUCAGCCGUCAACUCGGAGCUGCCUGCCAGCUGCUAUAUCGCCUCAUAAUACACACUUUGAACAGUGGGAAACACUACAAAAUGUCUGUGCUGCAGCAAGUUAAAAGAGGUACUUAAUGAUUGUGUAAAAACGACUGUGAUACUUCAUGAUAUUCCAAGGAUUUCCGCUACCACGCAUCUUGAUGAGAAAUUAACCAAGGCAGCUGCUGUAAGAAUAUUUUCCUUGGUAUUUUUAGAUUGCAAUAUUCUGCAGGGUCUUUAACAAUGUAUAAUAUUAACCUGUUUAAAAAACGAUUCCUCCAAAGAGGGAUGCUGUUAGCAUUCUGAAUAUAAACUGUAAUUACUGAAACCGGUAACAUGCAAAAUGAUUGAGCAAAU